CGGAAGAGAAGCAGGUGUCUUCCUUGGCCAUCUUGUGUUUGUCCACCGUGAGCCGUUCGCUCAAAGCCUCGAAGAAUCGGAGGAGAAUCCCGCUGUUGGGGCGCCAUCAUGCCCGGGCAUCUGCAAGAAGGCUUCGGCUGCGUCGUUACCAAUCGCUUCGACCAGCUAUUGGACGACGAAUCCGACCCGUUCGAGAUAUUAAAGGCGGCCGAAAACAAGAAGAAAGAUGCGGCCGCGUCCGGAGGCUCAAAGACGGCAGCUCAAGCUGCAAAACAGCCGAAAAAAGAGUCACAGAAAGACAGGAAAAACACGGCGCAGGACAAGAAAGAAGACACUCAGCCCCCCGUGCCACUUAAGAAGGAGGGGAUGAGGAGGGUUGGCCGGAAGCCGGAGCAGCAGCAGGGUCCAGCCAGCUCCCAACACCCAGGAGGUCCAGGAGAGGGUCGGCCCGGAGACAGGAGGCCCGACAGACGACCUCCUCGUGAGCGCCGCUUUGAUAAACCCUCCGACGAGAAACCAGAGGGGGGAGAUUUCUCUGCUGACAAGCCAAUUGGGGACAAGCCAUCUAGAGGACGUGGAGGAGGACGAGGAAUGGGCCGCGGGGGCCGAGGACGAGGGAUGGGACGCGGAGAGGGUUUUGAUUCCCGGGGAAAACGUGACUUCGACAGACACAGCGGCAAUGAUAAAUCUCGACAGAAAGGAGAGGAGAAGCGCAGUGGGAGCGGCUCGCACAACUGGGGUGGUGUGAAGGAAGAAACCAGUGAGCUAGAUCAGUCUGCAGCACCCGAGCCUGUCCCUGAAGGUGAAGAACAUGCCCCUGCCGACUCCGAAAACAAGGAAAAUGAAGUAGAGGAGGUGAAGGAGGAAGGCCCAAAAGAGAUGACCCUGGACGAGUGGAAGGCCAUGCAAGACAAGGAACGGUCCAAAGUUGAGUUCAACAUCCGCAAACCCAACGAGGGAAACGACGGUCAGUGGAAGAAGGGCUACGUACUGCACAAGUCAAAGAGCGAGGAAGUUGGCACGGUAGGUGAACGGCAAGCUGGAUCUGUGAUUGAAGCUGGAGAUGUCGAUCCUGACUCAUUCCACAAGGCUGAAGAAGGUGGAGAUCACCACUUCCGUAAACCAGCCAAUGACAUCACCUCUCAGCUGGAGAUAAACUUUGGAGAUUUGGGUCGGCCUGGACGUGGACGCGGAGGCUCUCGCGGGGGUCGUGGAGGUCGUGGUGGAGGCGGCGGUGGCGGCGGCGGGGGACGACCAAGCCGAGGCGGAGGCAGAUCUGAGAAGGGUGGAGGUGUUUCCGUUCCCAACGUGGACGAUCCCGAGGCUUUUCCAGCUCUGGCUUAAACCCGCAAACACCCAAACCUUCUCUCCUCUUCAAACGCUUGCAUGCUUAUGGAUUGUUCGACCAUAGAAACCAGAAAAGUGAGACUGUCAUCCGUACAUACACUGAGAACUGACUUUUACCUGCGGAAACAAACGAGAAAAACACAAAAAAGGACUUCUUAUUACACUGAAGCAAAUUCUGGGUAGAGGUUUUGUAUUUAGAGACACGAUAGCAGGGAUGUUCAUACAGUAUUUUAUUUUUUUUGUUGGUUUUCUCCUUAUUUCUUUCCCCCCAGAGAUUAUGCAUUCGCCAUAAAUAUUUUUUUAUCGCUGCUUGAAUGUAUGCAUUUUCCAGAUAGACUUCUGAAGUGUUGUGAACGCUUCAGGCUUUUCCCCCUGUGUAAAUUGAGUUUUUGCUCUCUCUCUCAAUGGCUCUACCAAAAGCAGAACGUUUUAUUUUAUUUUUUUCUCCACCGAGUGAGAAUGCGAGACUUGUGAUUUUACUAUUCACAUAUAUAUAUAUACACACAUGAGUAAUGUAUAUUUGACUAUUUUAAAUGUUUCGAAAGAAGGUCAAGCUUACUCUCCUGUUUGGAUUUUAUUUCGAUUUUGACCAUAGCAAGAAGAAGCAAAUGUGUCGUCUUGAUCUUGCUUUGGUGUUUAUUUUUAAUUUCCGUCGUCCUCUGCUCGACCUGUGAUGAUCUUUUAGUAUGCUUAGUUCUUCCUCAUCAUCUUGUUGAAGCACCCGGGAGAUCCAGGCUGGUCCUUUUGUAUUCAUACAAGUUCAUCUCUUAGGACCACUUCUUUCUGAACUGUAUAUGUGAGUGACGUGUGUGUUAGGGUUGUCACGAUACUGGAAUUCGGUACUAAUCGAUACUGUAAUUAAAAACGUCCAUUUACUGUGUCAAUUUUAAUGUGUUUUUAAACAGCGCUGACUGGCCAUUGUGUUCACAUGCUCAACAGAAAUGACUGUGAUUGGCUGUGAAGGUCAUCAGUUCACCAAACUCACCGUUGUUUACUGAGUGUUACCACAGUUACAGGGACACUGGAGCGUUUUAAAGCUGCAGUUCAUCAGCGAAUCAUUCAUAUGUCAGAUUAUAGACAAACCAGCUGAUCGACGUGACUGAAAUACUCCUAACAGUGGUUGAUGACCUUCACAGCCAAUCACAGUCAUUUCUGUCGAGCAUGUGAACACAAUGGCCAAUCAGCGCUGUUUAAGAACGCGCUCAAUUGUUAGCAGGAAAUAGACGUCUAAAUUUUCGGGAUCGAAUGGUACUGUAUUCCAGUUUCGUGCAACCCUAGUGUGUGUGAGAGAUGUAAAUCUGUUUUAAAGUUCAUCUGCCGUUAUUUUCCUAAGUUUAGAUUGUAAACAUUAUGAUUAUUAUUUAGUUUUCUCUCUAGCUAAGGUUGUUGACAUAUCUUUGCACUUAGAUUUUUAUGGUGACGUUUGAAAAUUCGAGCUACUCAACCACGUGGUCUGUCGGCAUCGAUUGUUUUCUUUUUUUUUUUAUUAUUCCUUCUGUGCUGUGUUUUUAUUUUUUAAUGAUUACUAUGAUGGCACUACUGCUCGUGCGUGCGUGUGUGUGUGUUUUGUUUUGUUUUCUUCUGAAACGUUGUGUAAUUCAGGGUGGGACAACAGUGUGUGCUGCGAAAAAGAAAAGUUGGAUCCAGCUUAUGUAUGUGAAAAUUAGCAAGACCUCUGAGUGUGACGGCCGAUGUUCUCUGUAUUCAUAGGAGGAGGGACAAUAAAAUGGACGACGACACUA